GAAAGCAGAAAAACAAUUUAGGCCUCCUGAUGAACUCUAUUAUUGCUGGAUCAUACUUUUCACCAUAGUAUUUACCAAGCGCGGAGUCAGUUCAGAGCAACUCUUUUUAUAUUUUCUAUUGAUAUUGCAUGCUCUUUUUUUUUUUUUUUUUUUUUGUCACUUUCCAAAUUUUUGUGCUUAUUGAUAUAUUGAAAUAUUGACCCAUUGGGUUAGGUCUAAGCAAUGACAAAGGGCUCAAUCCAAAGUGCAAAUCACAAACAUUUUUAAUAUUUUGAAUCAUCUGAAAGAUCAAAAAUUAAUAAGCCACUUUAUAUGUAAUGUCUAAAUAGGAUAGGAUAGGAUAGGAUGGGAUGUUAUUAAUAAGGAAAAUUUAACAGUAGAAGCAUUACAUACUGAGAAAAACAAUUACAAAAACACGCCACAGUGAGGAUGUUCUUGAAAGUUUAGAAUAGAUCUUAGGAACAUUCAUUGGAGUCCAGCAUGAAUGUGUCAUAAGCCGCAGUCACAAUCAAUUACCAGGUAUCUCCUUUGGAGUAAACACAAGCUGCCUCCAUUGAUGGAGCCUGGAUUAAUAGCAGAGGGUAGUCCAGGACUUGGCUUUGAAGUGUCUUAAAAUACUAAGCUUUAACAACGUGAUGCACUCGGGGCAAAAAGGUCAAACCUGCAAACUCAAAUACACUGUUGAGGUAGAGGUGGCUGAAGAGGUUAAUACCUGAGGUAUAGGACUAAUAGGACAACGGACACCUGCUCACUCCUCUUUGACACCUUCUGCAAUGUAUAUAUAGUCAGGCUUUACAGAUUUUCAUUUUUGUAACUCUGAUUUUUUAUCUUGUUUAAUCAGUGUUUACUACACCAUCAACCAUACAUUUUACUGUUCCUUAUAGUUUUCUUUUUUCUUUUUCUUUUUUAUGUGUUCAGAGUUUACAAAAAGACCAGUGGAAAUGGCCAGGUAUGACUGAACUUAACUGACUUUCUUAUUUGUCAAUUCCUCAAUUUAUUGUGACAGAUUCAUGCUUGAAUUUUCAUAUUAUGUGGAAAUACAUGAGUGUAAUGCACUGUUUAUGUUUCAGCUCACUCUCUACCUGGGGAAGAGAGACUUUGUUGACCAUGUUGACUCAGUUGACCCUGUUGAGGGUGUAGUGAAAAUCGACCCUGCAGACCUUGGAGACAAAAAAGUUUGGAUUCAGCUGGCCUGCGCUUUCCGUUAUGGUCGUGAAGACCUGGAUGUGAUUGGGCUUUCCUUCAGAAAAGACAUCUGGAUUCAGCACAUACAGCUAUAUCCUGACGCAGGCCACAAACCCACCCUGACAGAGAUGCACGACACUCUCCUGAAGAAAGCUGGAGAGCAGGGCCAUCCCUUCACUUUUAAUAUCCCUACCAACCUCCCCUGCUCUGUUACACUUCAGCCUGGCCCAGAUGACAAAGGAAAGGCGUGCGGUGUUGACUUUGAGGUCAAGGCCUAUGUGGCCAAAUCAGCUGAUGACCCCGAUGAGAAAAUCGACAAGAAGGACACUUGCCGCCUUAUUAUCCGUAAAAUCCAGUUCGCUCCUGAUAACACAGGAUCUGGACAGAAAGCUGAGCUCUGCAAGAGCUUUAUGAUGUCUGAUAAGCCUGUUCUUCUGGAAGCCUCUCUGAGCAAGGAAAUCUACUACCAUGGCGAUCCCAUCCCCAUCAAUGUUAAGGUCAAGAAUGAGACCAACAAAGUUGUGAAAAAAAUAAAGAUUACAGUUGACCAAACCACAGACGUCGUUCUGUACUCAGCCGACAAGUACACCAAGAAUGUGCUGAGUGAAGAGUUUGCGGAAACUAUAGAAGGCAGUGCUAAUUUUGAAAAAUCCCUUGAGAUCAUUCCUUUAUUGGCAAACAACAAGGAGAAACGUGGCCUGGCGCUGGACGGCAGACUUAAAGAUGAAGACACCAAUUUGGCCUCAACCACUAUAAUAAGGACAGGAAUGGAUAAGGAGAUGUUAGGAAUUCUGGUGUCCUACAAGAUCAAAGUUAACCUCAUGGUAUCAGGUGGAGGACUGCUGGGAGGACUGACAGCAAGUGAUGUGACAGUGGAGCUGCCUCUGACCCUGAUGCACCCCAAACCUAAAGACUGAAUGCCCAUAUAAGAUUCCACAGGACAGAUGUUACCCUCGAGUACAUUCCCUCAGCACUUUCACGGCGAGACACCAGAAGAAACGGCUCCCCAUUAAGCAAAGAAGGUGUCUCAGACAAUGACAGGAGUACCUCACAACAAAGAAAACACAUCAGUAUCACUUAGCAAAGUUGCUAGGUCAUACUGAUGGCAAUAAAAUGACAGUUUAAAACAUGAAUCCAACUUGAAGACAAAUGUGUGUGGGGUGAAUGGUUGCCUUGAGGUACACAGUCCAGGAAUAACAUAAAGUGCUCCCUAAUGGUCAUUAACUUUCCUAUUAAUUAACCCAAUUGUGUCUGAGUGAUGCAUUUCAAAAUGUAUGGAGUUUGAUCACCUCAUUAUGUAUGCUUGUGUUAACUUGUCUUGCCUAGAGUCUAGAGUCAUUUAAACCAGCACCCUUAAAUCACAGCAACUCAUGUGACUUUGUGUAAUGUUUGUUUUGUCAUGUGUGGAAUUUUUGACUCUUGAGUC